CCAUACAUAUUCCUUAUCAGCUUUCCUUGCCUAUCACUGAACUAAAAGUGAGGACAACUGGAAACAGUCCACACUUUGACACCAUCAGAGAUCAAGGUUGUUGCAAUGAUGGGGGAUUCGCUCUUUGUUGGUUCACCACAGGACACUGAGCAAUCGACUAGGACUGGGGAGGACCCAUCUUCCAGAUCGCAAGGCUCCUUUCCAGAUAUUUUGAAACUUUUUAAUCCUGACCUCAUUGGAUACUCUCAAGACAACAGAAGCCAUGACAACUCACUGGACCAGUCUACUCUGAAAGUGGAAGCUGAGGAAUUGCCAGGCCAGGCUUCAAAACUGGUGAGCAGUUUAAAAAAUCAGCCGCACGUCAACUUUCAGAGGGAUUGGAAGCUGAUUACAAUUUACAUGGGCCUUGCUGAUCUCUGUGCAUAUUGCACAAAUAAGGAAUAUUACUCACCAGAAAAUGUUGCAUCCAGACUUAAAGAGGCUCUGGAUAUUCUGUAUCAAGAGGUACCACGAGCCUUUGUGAAUGUUGUGGAGAUGCAGAGCAUCGACAGCCUCCUCCAACGGUAUGGCCCGAAACUCUCUGUACAAGAACCAAGGGAUUUUUGUGACUGCUUGGUCAAACUCCACAACUCAGGAAAGUUAUCAGCAUACAACAUUAGUAGGGACUUCAUGAAUGCCAUUCAGGAACUGGUGUACUCCGGGAUCUACGACAAGCGCGACGAUUACACGGUGGUUCUGCAACCCUUCCUCAGGAACCUGGAGUUCCCGCUCACUCCGAGUGGCAAAGCUGAUCCCAGUUAUUUAUCACAGAAUGGCCUCCAUUUCAGUUUCAAGAGCCACACCCCUUUAGCCAGCGGUCUUUGGAAUAAUAUGCUCGAACCCGCUGGGCAGAAAAACGAGGUCCUUAAAUUAUCACCAGCAGCCCCUCGGUUGCAUUGCCCAACCAAGGAAAGACCCUACCUCUUCACUUAUCAGAAUAGCAACUAUGGAGUGAACUUGCAAGGUGGGGCCAGAGGCUCUGGCUUGGAGGAUUUUGGCAGUGAAGUGACUUGCACGGAAAGGGCGCCGUCUAACAGAGUUCCAGUCUCAGUCCACGAGCUCAGACCAGCAGAUAUUAAGGUGAUCGCUGCCCUCGGAGAUUCUAUCACAGCAGGUAAUGGGGCUGGAGCAAAGCCCAAUGACCUCAUUGGAGUUCUCACCCAGUUCCGAGGUCUUUCUUGGAGUAUCGGAGGAGACAAUAAUAUAACAACUGUCACCACUCUGACAAACAUUCUCCGAGAGUUUAACCCUUCCUUGGUUGGAUAUUCCACUGGUACUGGUCGUCAAGACACCCCACAGUCUUUCUUGAACCAGGCCGUUGCGGGAUCUGUUUCUGGGGAGUUGAUGGAACAGGUCAGGAAACUGUUGCAGCUGAUGAAAAAUAAUUCGAGAAUCAAUUUUCAGGAAGACUGGAAGAUGAUUACCCUGUUCGUCGGAGGGAAUGAUCUCUGUGACUAUUGCUUGAAUACUACCAAAUUUUCUCCAGAUAACUUUAUCAAGAACAUACAGGAAGUACUGGAUACACUUCACAGUGAGGUCCCAAGAGCCUUUGUGAACUUGGUGACAGUUCUCAACAUUGUUCCAUUACGGGAGCUUUUUACUGACACACGACUGAAAUGUCCAUUAUUCCUCUUAAAGUUGCUUUGCAGGUGUGUCGUUAACCCUCUGGACAACUCAACAGAGCUGAACGAACUGAAAACCCUCAAUCAGGAAUAUCAGAGGCGAACACACUUAUUGAUCGAGUCUGGAAGGUACGACAGCAAGGAAGACUUUACCGUGGUCAUCCAGCCAUUUCUCGAGGACGUCCAAAUGCCAAGGGACAAGGUAACCACAACACUCAGCACCUAAUGCGCUGUUGCCAGUUAGACCAGUGGGAGAUAACAGCAAAAUUCCUCAUCAAUGUUUCAUCUCCAAUAACAGUACAAUUGUCCAG